AUGGUGCCACCCGUGAAACCACCUUCGUUUUCUGUUCCCGAAUACCGUAUUUCGGACAACACAUCCGUUACUGACUAUUUCAAGCGCUUUGAAUGGUCUCUGCAAUUGAGUAAGAUUCCGGCAGAACAAUACCCACACUAUGCUCGAGUGCAUAUGGGUACAGAAUUGAAUAACGCCAUCAAAUUCCUGAUAAGUCCUCGCGAUCCAGCGGACAUCUCGUUCGACGAACUUCGAUCGGCACUAGUAAAUCACUUCGACCAGCCAAAGAAUAAAUACGUUGAGAGUAUAAAGUUUCGGGAGAUCGUGCAACAGAGCGACGAAUCCGUGUCCAGUUUCGUUCUCCGGCUCAGACAAGGUGCUGCGCAUUGUGAAUAUGGAGAAUUCCUUGAUAGAAUGUUGAUCGAACAGCUCUUACACGGUCUCGAUUCACGCGAACUGUGCGACGAAAUUAUAGCAAAGAAACCGGCGACAUUCAAUGACGCUUUCGAGAUUGCGCACACAAUUGAAGCUACCCGUAACACAGCUAAAGAAGUGAGAACGGUAAGACCAUCGCUAGUUCCAGAGGGAACCAACAAGUUAGGUUAUGAGCCACCGAAGACACGGAGGGGAAAUCCAAAUGACGUAUCUUCGUCACACCUAUACAAGGGUAGUGGGAAACCAACAUAUGACUCUAGAGUAUGCAGUGGCUGUGGUGGUCAACAUACACGUAGUCAGUGUAAGUUCCGCAAUGCAACUUGUUUCACCUGUGAGAAAGAAGGGCACAUUGCCAAAGCUUGUAGGUCCAGUAAAUAUCAAUCACAGGAUCGCUCCACGUCUCAAGUGCAAUUGGAGAAGCCUUCUGAAGAAGUCGACGAAGUAAUGCGGUUGAGCAAAAUUCAUUCAGUCGCUGCGUGCCAGAAAAAGGUAGUCAGUGUCAAAACAGACGGUCGCCUCCUGGAAAUGGAGGUUGAUACCGGAGCCCCGUGCGGCAUCAUUAGCGAGAAAAAGCUACGAACGAUCAAACCCACGUUUACACUAAAGGGCACAGAUCGGCAAUUCUCCAGUUACCCCGGACACAAAAUUAUGUGCAUAGGUCUUCUUCCAGUGAAUGUCAGCGUCGGAGCAACCAAGACGGGUCUAUGGUACUAG